UCUCAGUGUCCUUGGGAUCCCGGGAGAUCAAACCCAUUCCUGCUCUCAGCCACGUUGCUGUGUGGAGAUCCGCUAAAGCCCAGGCAGCCUCAAAAUCGGCUCCAGAAACAUCCCGAAGCUCCGACGUCAGCACAAAUAUUUACCCAGGGCUCGGGCUGCUUCCCGGAGGCUACAAACCGCUCUCACUUUGCAAAAAGUCCGUCUGUGCUGAGGCAGCCCUGAAGACAGGAUGAAGUUUCUCACUGCGGUGUUGUUCCUGGGUGCUGUCAGAAUCUCAUCGAGCCAAGAGGGCCAUUUUCCUUUGCUUGUGGAAGAUGUGAGCUCAUUGCUGGAGGAGCCAGAUGCCCAGAUAGAGGAGGAAGAGGAGGAGGAGAUUCUGACCUCUCCGGUACAGAGGCUGGCGUAUUCCGUUUCCGAGUUUGGGUACGAGCUUUACCGACAGCUGGCAAGCAGCAGUCCCAACGACAACGUCUUCCUGUCGCCCCUGAGUGUAGCCACAGGCCUGUCCUCAUUGUCUCUUGGUGCCAUCUCCAGAAACAAGGAGAUUUUACAUGGAGUCCUGAACUACAAUUUACUGAAUGACUUGGACAUUCACAGAGUCUACAAGGACCUCCUGACUGACAUUACAGCUCUCCCAAAAAAAUUCAAAACUGUUUCACGAAUUUAUAUAAACAAGAAACUGAGGAUGAGAUCGAAUUUUUUGAAACAAGUUGAGUUGCACUAUGGAGCCAGACCCAAGGCCAUGUUUGGUAACUAUCAGCAGGACCUGCAGAGCAUCAACAACUGGGUGAAGUCACGUACCAGUGGCCUGAUAACACGUGCCAUCAGCUCAGUCCCUGAGGACGUCAGCCUGUUCCUACUCAGUGCAGCCCAUUACAAAGGGCAACUACUAACCAAAUUCAAUCCAGCUGAGACCAUACGUAAACAGUUCAGUGUCGAUUAUGGUCAGUACAUCAACAUUCCCAUGAUGUCCAGCUCAAACUACCCUUUACGUUACGGCUACGACUCGGAAUUGAGAUGCAAGAUUGGGCUGUUUCGCUAUGUGGGUGACAUGAGCCUCCUCGUCUUCCUACCGACAGACUUCACCAGGAACCUGAGCGUGAUCGAGGAGAAUCUGAACACGGUCUUCAUCCACGACCUGGUCCAUCAGCUGCAAUAUGUCCGAGCAAGAGUCUCCCUGCCCAAACUCAGAUUCGACAUUGAGCAGGAACUCAAACAAACCCUCGGGGAAAUGCGUCUGUCUCCUCUGUACACUCCAAGUCAGCUGAAUAAGAUUACGAAUAUGCCAUUGAAGAUCUCCAGCAUAAAACACCAUGCUUUCCUGAGCUUGGAGGAACAAGGUGUUCAGGAGGCUCCUGUGCUCAGCCCCAAUGACAGACAACUCAUUAUGGACUUCCACGUCACUCAGCCCUUCCUCGUGGUCUUGUACGACAACCCCACUGGCUCUUUGCUGCAUAUUGGGAGGGUCCUGGAUCCCAGGGGGCUUGUGGGACACUCUCACCUUCAGUAGACAACAGAUGAAACCUGGAAUAUUAUCCACAAACAGAACUAUCACAAAAUCACUGAACCUUUCACAUAAAAUACAUUCCCUUCAACCUCUUACCAACAGCCCUGAUCUGUUUAUUCAGACUUAUUUGAGGUUUUACUUUACCAUGACUUAGUUAAUGUGCAUUGAAUUCACCCCUCAGCAACACCUGCCCCUGUCUCCUGUACCCACUGGGAUUGGCAUAACCCCCGGGUACCUGGUCCAUAUUGAUUAUUGACCAUGUUAAUUCCCCAGGGCAAAAACCUGGAGUGAAGGCUCUGCAGAAACUGAGUGUAAUCCCUCAGCUAUAUUUGAGGAAGACGGGCAUACGGCAAGAAAAUAAAACUGUGCAAAAUA